CAACUUUUCGAGACCUACGCAGCGGCAAACCUCCUAUUGCGUCGCUGCCCACCUAAACUGAAAAAAUUCGCGGAAAAAAUAAGUCGAAAAGGGGUGCAACACGAGGACUUCCCAAGAGGUCACCCAUCUUAGUACUACUCUCGCCCAAGCACGUUUAACUUCGGAGUUCUGAUGGGAUCCGGUGCAUUAGUGCUGGUAUGAU